AUGGUGUUGGCCAAAUCCAAGAACUCCGUGGGGCUGGGCAACAGCCUCAUGAACGACCGCUUCGGCAAGGGCAAAGCCUCAAGCCAGAAGAAGGCGUCGCACAAUGCCAUUGCGCGCAAGAAUAUGAUGGGUGAAACCUACAUCACCAACGAAGCUCAGGAGGCGUCCUGGGUGAAGAUGCGUUCCAUUACCGAGCAGGCCGCACUCGAUGAGUUCCUCACCACUGCUGAGCUGGCAGGAACCGACUUUACCGCCGAAAAAAUCAACAACGUUAAGAUCAUCCAUUCCGACCAGAAGAACCCGUACCUCCUGUCUUCGACCGAGGAGUACUCGGCAGUUAAGAAACAUCAGAAGAACAAGGAUCGGCUGACGGUGCCACGACGCCCUAAAUGGGACUCGACGACGACGCCGCAACAGCUGGAGGCUAUGGAGCGUGCGAGCCUAUUGGAUUGGCGGCGAACACUGGCGGAUCUGCAGGAGAACCACGAUCUGUUGAUGACUCCAUUCGAGCGCAACCUGGAGGUCUGGCGCCAGCUGUGGCGUGUUAUUGAACGAUCCGAUCUCGUGGUGCAGAUUGUCGACGCCCGUAACCCGCUCCAGUUCCGCUCCGAGGAUCUGGAGAAGUACGUGAAGGAGAUUGAUCCGCGCAAGAAGAAUCUGCUGCUGGUCAACAAGGCCGACAUGUUGACUCUCAAGCAGCGAGAGGCCUGGGCGGACUAUUUUGAGAAGAACAAUAUCAACUUCCGUUUCUUCUCGGCCCAUCUGGCCAAGGAGAAGAUUGAGGCUGAAAUGCUCAAGGAGUCCCAGCCGGAGGAUGAUUUGGCUGAGUCUACUAAAAAGAUGAACGUGCACGAUGAUGAGGAGAAUGAGUCGUCUAGCGAGGAAGAGGAGAAGCAGGAUGUCAUUGCCAAGUCCGUCGAUCCCGAUCAAUCGCUUGGCCCGCAUAUUCUCGACGUGGAUGAGCUGGAAGAACUCUUCCUGGCCAACUCUCCAGAGACACUCCCACAGAGCGGGGACUCCGAGGCUCAUUCCAAGCCGAAAACGACUAUCGGUCUGGUCGGUUACCCCAAUGUGGGUAAGUCCAGUACCAUUAACGCUCUCCUCGGAGCCAAGAAGGUGUCUGUGUCUGCCACUCCUGGUAAGACCAAACACUUCCAGACGCUGUACCUCUCCCCGGAGAUCAUGCUUUGCGAUUGUCCCGGUCUGGUCUUCCCCAACUUCGCCACCACCAAGGCCGAGCUGGUCGUGAAUGGUGUGCUGCCCAUCGACCAGCAGCGUGAGUUCACCGGUCCUUCCGCCCUGGUCGCGAAGCGUAUCCCCAAGCAUUUCCUCGAGAACGUAUACGGUGUGAAGAUCCGCAUCCGUCCUCUAGAGGAGGGCGGCACUGGUAUUCCCACUGCCAGCGAGGUCCUGCGUGCCUAUGCGCGCGCCCGCGGUUUCUCGACCCAGGGACUGGGCCAGCCUGAUGAGUCCCGCGCUGCCCGAUACCUUCUCAAGGACUACGUGAACGGCAAGCUUCUCUUCUGUCACCCACCCCCGGUGCCCGAGAGCGAAGAGCCUAUCGACCCCCACGCGUUCAACCAGGAGCUCUACGAUGUCGCCCAUCUUCCCGCUAGGCGUCAGGCCGUGCUCGCAAAGACCAUUGUGGAUUUGGACGCCAACGCUGACGCCGACGCCGACGCCGAGCCUGAAAUUACUCCGUUUGUCUCCAAGGACAGCGGCGAGCAACCAGGCAUGCGUUCUCGCAACCUCGACAGCGGUUUCUUUGGCACUGCCACCGGCCCCUCCGCCGGUCGUCUCAGCAUGCCCUUCAAUCACAAGUACACCGACCAGGGCCAGCAGAUGCGCCAGAACCUUACUGGCCGCAAGGAGCGGAUGAUGAUUGCCCUGGAGCGCGGUGUCGAUGUCUCCGAGGUGCGGGGCGCCGGCUCCAAGAAGCAUUUCAAGGGCAACAAGCGUCGGGCGAAGGCCGUGCGCAACAAUGGUGAAGAGGUCGAGGACUUCUACUAA